AUGAAUUCUCGAAUUUCGGUCACCCUCCUGCUACUCGUCGCGGUAGCUGCCACGCUCACCUCGAUGAACCUUGUUGAUGCCAGCCCAAGACCGCAAGGAACCAUGGUAGGAUCCCUGUUUCCAUUCCACAGAAACAUGAUCCCCAUUCAGAUGCGUUAUGGCAACUCGCUUCCAGCGUACGCGCCGCACGUGUUGUACCGCUUCUACAACUCUCGACAGGUACCACUACCCCAUUUAGUUUCUGCUUCCAUUUUCAAUACUUUUCAGUUCGCUCCUCUGAACAAACGGAACAACGCCGAAGUGGUCAACCACAUUCUGAAGAACUUUGGUGCUCUUGAUCGACUCGGAGACAUCGGGAAAUAG